AUGUCUGCAACUCCAGAAAAUCGCCCAGAGCUGUAUGAAGAAGUCAAACUAUAUAAUAACGCUAGACAAAGAGAGAAGUUUGAUAAUUUGGCGGACCUUUAUGCAGUCAUCAACACAUUGCAACAAUUAGAGAAGGCAUACAUCAGGGAUUGUGUCACGCCCAAAGAAUAUACAGGUGCUUGUAGCAAACUGUUGGUGCAAUAUAAGGCAGCAUUCAGACAAGUGCAAAGUGAUGAAUUUCCAGCAGUUGAUGCAUUUGUCAAAAAAUAUAGAUUGGAUUGUCCUGCAGCUUUGGAACGAAUUCAUGAAGACAGACCUAUAACCAUUAAGGAUGAUAAGGGCAAUACAAGCAAAUGCAUAGCAGAUAUAGUCUCACUUUUCAUUACUAUCAUGGAUAAACUAAGAUUAGAUAUAAGAGCAAUGGAUGAUUUACACCCUGAAGUCAGAGACUUGGUGGAUACAAUGAACAGGCUCAGCAUUUUACCAUCAGAUUUUGAAGGCAAACAGAAAGUUGUGGAAUGGCUAGCUACUUUGAAUUCCAUGCAGGCCUCUGAUGAAUUAUCUGAGUCUCAAGUGAGACAGUUGCUAUUUGAUCUUGAAGGCUCAUAUGCUGCCUUCAAUAGGGUACUUCAUAAUUCUGCUUGA